GGGGGGGGGCAGGAACACAAAACAUCCCCAUUGCACACCUGUCACUGCAGGUGGAAGGACCUGCGGGUGGAGUUUCACUGGACAGCUUUUUGUUUUGAAAGUUUGCCUUUUUCUACGUUUUUAAAAACUAAAAUUAAGAUUUGAUUAUUUAUCAUUUGUCAUCUGUUGAUGUUAGGAGUUCGGUCUGGAAGUACGGACCGAAGGAUUCCAGACUUUUACCUGAGAGACAAACCCGACCUUUGACAUUCUUGGUGGUGCUUUUUUUUUUUCAUCAUCAUUUUUUCAUUCCUUACGUUGAUCCUUUCAUCAUGGCGGACUUUCCAUCAAAAGUGACAACAGAGACCAGCACCCAAAACUACCAGAACUCCCAACAAGGUGUGUCUGCCACCAUCACUACCAUGGUGGACUUCUCCUUUAUCCGAAGCAUGCAAGGUGUCCUCAUGAUGGUUGAAAUAGUUGUCGGGUUCCUCCAGUGGAUGCUGAUCGCCUGCGUGAACCACACGGCCAACCCUGCAUACGGAUGGGUGUUGUUUGUAGCCAUCACUCUAUGGAUCCUCACCACCAUCCUCUUCAUCCUCAUCCUCUUCAGCCUCCAGCAAAGAAUGGCAUUUGUUCCCUGGCCAAUGACAGUGAUGGUGUACAACGGCGUGGCCACAGUCCUCUUUCUGACUGCUUUCAUAGCCAACGCAGCAACUGUGUCAUACUUCAAAGGAUCAUAUUCCUUUGGACCCUUAGGAGCUGCAGCGUUUUUUGGCGCCGUAAUGACCCUGCUGUACGGGGCCAGUGCUUUCUUCUCCUACCUGGACUGGAGGGGCAAUGCUGCUGACUCCACCGUCCCGACCUAAGACUGUCAAAGUCACCUGCUGUUCCUGGAAAAAAAAAAAAAAGAGAGAGAGUUUAUAUGAAACCAGCAACUGCACAAUAAAAACUGGUUAUGCAAUCAAACCUGAUCUCAGCUGAAGUCCUCCUCUAACGAGCAGGAGUCUGUUCCAGAUGCAGUACUUCCUGUUUGUUUUAAUUUGUUAGAUGUCAUCCUAACAAAUGUCCGACCUUUAAAAUGACACUAAAAAUUUACUAUUUGUGUUUUCUCCAACCCCUGCUGCAGCAGAGCUACUGUCCUCCUUGCUUCUGUUCACCUAGAUCAGGUGUUUCCAGACAAUCAGAAUCUGGACUCACCUGAUCAAGAGGAUCAGCAGUGACUGAGGUAGAGUCAGCUGGAACGUGCAGCAGCAUGGACUCCUGCAUGGAGCCCUGCAUGGACCCCUGCAUGGACUCCUGCAUGGACUCCUGCAUGGACCCCUGCAUGGACUCCUGCAUGGACUCCUGCAUGGACUCCUGCAUGGACUCCUGCAUGGAGUCUUUGUGUUGGGACUCGUCUUUGGUUUCCUUUUUAGUCUGUAGUCUUAAAUGAGGAACAAAACAAAACCUCAUUUGACAUUAAAACAUAUUUUAUGUUCUGGUUUUUGUGCAACAUAAAAGUUAUUGUUAGACAGAUUUAGAACAGAAGCAUUUUCUUGGUUUCCUCUCUUUGAAAAACAAAUGUGUAUGUGGGUUUUUAAUUUUUAUUUAAAGGCACUGAAGAAUGAAGGAACAAAUUAAAAUUUGGGUGAAUUUUAAAAACAUUACUUGUUUUCUGAGUAAAGACAUUAAAGAAAACCUAACGGGUUACUAGAAUAUAUCUGAAAAUUAGUCUGACAUUAUUCUGUGGCAUGAGUCUUGGUAAAAUUUUAAAAAAGAUUUUUAUUUUUGAGAUAUUUUGUUUUUGUAUGUUUUGUUUGGGGUUUACAGAGCACUUUUUCAAUAAAGAGAAAAUUGUUGGA